GGGGCUCGUGAUCUGGAUGCUGGUAGCAAUAGCAUCCAGUCUUACAGCAUUGCUCCCGACAACGACUACUUUAGUGUCGCUUUUGGGAGUCAGAUUAAGGGCAAGAAGUAUGUGGAAUUGGUCCUGGAAAUGCCACUCGACAGAGAGGAGCAGGCAGAGGUGGAUUUCAGUCUUGUUGCCAUGGAUGGGGGCUCUCCACCCAGGACAUUCGAGAUUGACCCCACAAGUGGUGAAAUUAAACUCACAAAGCCUCUGGACUUUGAGGCAGCAGAAAAUCAUGAGCUCAGUGUUCAGGCCACAGAUGGUGGGGGCCUCUCGGCAAUUUGCAGAGUGUUGGUGGAGGUGGUGGAUGUAAAUGACAACGCACCAGAGCUGGUGGUCAGUUCCUUCAGCAGCCCCCUCCCUGAGAACGCAUUGCCUGGGACAGUGGUCGCCCUCUUUACUGUUAGGGACCGGGAUGCUGGUGCCAAUGGGAGGAUCUCCUGUGCCCUUGAGGACCAGUUGUCAGUCUCCCUGCAGCCAGCCUAUAAGAAUUACUUUGAGCUGGUGACCGUCAGUGCACUGGACCGGGAGGAGAUGGCACGGUACAUCCUCACAGUCACAGCAGCAGAUGCAGGGUCACCUCCUCUCACAACCACCCACACCUUCACAGUGGACAUCUCUGAUGUCAAUGACAAUGCACCUGUCUUCAACCAGACAUCGUACACCAUGUAUGUGCGUGAGAACAGUGUCCCCACCGUGCUCGUUGGAACCAUAAGUGCUGUGGAUGCCGACGUGGGGUCCAACGCCAAGGUGACCUAUUCCCUGGUGCCAGUGCACCCUGCAGGGGAGCCUUCCUGCUCCUGCAUCUCUGUGAACUCUGAGACUGGGGAUGUGUUUGUGCUGCGGCCCCUGGCAGCCUUCAUUGCUCGCAAGGUGUGCAAGGGAAAAGAGAUAAAGGAUGGGCAUGUGGUUUAUGGUGCCAACAACUUGCAGAGCAGCCUGGCUGAUGCAGCUGCUGCAGGGACCCUGCCCCAUGCCUAUUGCUCUGAGAUCAGACUCACAACGGGCUCAGGCAACCGCGAGCUAAAGCUCCUGAAGCCCAUCCUCCCCAGCCUUCCUCCAGAGCUCAAUGCCGCAU